AUGCCUGGACAAUUGACUUGGCUUGUUACCGGAUGCUCCUCCGGUCUAGGAGACGCUUUCGUUCGAGCUAUUCUUGACAAGGGUGAUCGAGUCAUCGCAACAGCACGCCCAAGCAAAGGUGUUUCUGGCACCGACCGACUCGCCUCUCUCAAAGAAGCUGGUGCGGCAACCUUAGAGCUCGAUGUUUUGGCUCCCCAAAAAGAGCUCAACGCCAAGGCAAAAGAAGCAUGGGAAAUCUACGGCCAGAUAGAUGUGUUGAUCAAUAACGCCGGCUACAUCGAGGCUGGGGUUCUAGAGGAAUUCGAUGAACAGACCAUGAUUAGCGCCAUGCGUGUAAACGUUUUUGGCCCACUCAAUGUAACCCGCUCAUUUAUUCCUCUAAUGCGAGCCGCUAAGACUGGUACUCUUCUCUUCCUUGGGUCUGUGGGCGUCUACUUUGGUGCCCCGGGCGCGAGCUGCUACUCAGGCUCCAAGGGCCUCAUCGAGGGUCUAGUGCCCAACUUGGCUAUUGAAGUCGCUCCCUUCGGUAUCCGAACUUCUAUCUUGACAUUUGGUUAUUUCCGAACUCAGGUAAUGUCCCCCGAGAAUGUCAAGCACGGGGCACCUAACCGCCUGCCUGAGUAUGAGGAGCUCAACAACCUUAUCAAACUUAACCUUGAUUCUGCGAAUGGCGCUCAGCCUGGCGAUCCUAAGAAGGCUUGCGAGAUUGUUGUCGAGGCAGUAAGGGGCGAGGGACGUUGUGCGGGCAAGGAGCUGCCUUUGCGGCUGCCUGUUGGUUCUGAUACAUUCGAGGCAAUGAGAGCGAGUUGUAAUGAGAGGUUGGCGGUUUGUGCUGAGUGGGAUGGAAUUACCUCCGACACAAACUUCGACGAAGUAUAA